UAACUUAUUUAUGUCUCAAUAGGUAUUUUGUUUGGUCUACAUUCAACAUUAAAACUAAAUAGCUUUUCAGGCUACCAGAUAUUAAUACCUCAGGUUGAAUUUUGACUCUGUUUUUAAAAAUAAUUAUCUCUGCUAUAUAUAGAUGAUUUUUAAAAGAAAAUCAUUCAUGUGCUAGGCAGAAAAUGUAGAUACUUAAUGGCUUGAUUUAAACAUUGUAUUUACCUUGAUAAUUCAGAGGAGGCUCACAUAGUGUGUGUGUUGAGGCAUGAACCCAAAGCUGCUUAAAAGGAUUAAUGUUGCAUCUCAAACUCAGCUAUACUGAUAGGUUUCUGUCAUAUGAGAGGCUUUAAAAAUAAAAUUAUAAAGGAAAAAGUUUGUCCAGGUACUGAUUAUAUGCAGAUCGAAAGUGUCUGAAAAAUCUGUUUUACUUAUACAGCAGAGCUGCAAAUGUUAUUUAUCUCAAUCAGCAGAGCAAUGGUUAGAGACUAGUAGGAUUAACUGUAGGCAGCUGCCACCUUUACAGCAGACACAUCUGCCCACAGAGAGCCAGGGAAGAUGGUUGUAUAAAUAUGGCAAUGACUUCAUUCAGUUGUCAUUAUAUCCAUCUUUCAAGCAACUUUUGCUCCUGAAAAUUGUAUGGCUAUUCUUCUAUUGAGUCUUCCAGUCUUUCCCAGUUUGUGGAUUUUCCUACUUUGGCAUAGACACAUUUGACAAAUAUAUUUUGAAUAUCUACAGUUUGCUGAGCAUUUGCAUAACGUGAGCAUGAGUCCUAACUGCGCUGUCUUUUCUACCUCCAACUGCCUAUUUAUGAAACAGUAGUUAUUAUUGUCUUAAGCUAAAUCUUAGCUGACAGGGCCAAUUUAUUUUAUGAGGAUAUUGUUCUGAAAAAAAAAAAAAGUAUAAAACCUCUUGGUCAGGUGUGCGAAGAAGGUCAUUAAAGGUUCACUAUAAAGGCAAAAACAAUAAACAACCUGAUCAAACAUCAAAGAUCUCUCCAAGCCCGAGUUCUAGUGUUCUGUGAAGUCUUAACUCAUGAAAAGAAGGCAAAAAUUAAUUAAAGAGAUCAAAAAUUACGAUCUGUGGGUCCCAUCAGAGUAAAUUAACCUCCUUUGAUUCCCUCUAUGGUAUCAGUGGUUUGAAAGUUCAAGGUAUUUUGUCUCACCUCUUUAUUAUCUGAUUCUAUCUUAAUGUGUUAAGAACAAAAUUUUCUAAUCAUUAGCUUAGGGAGGAUUGUUUAGCCCCAUUCUUUUUAUUUACUUUAGUCUUUUAGUUGAAUACACUUUUAACUACAACAUGGCUUGGACCAACUUGUGUGCAGGAAUAAUAAAUACCUUUACAUCACAAAAAUAAUAGGGUAAGCUAUGGUCCUGCUGAGUAGCUCUUCAAAAACUAAGCAGGAGUUACCAUGUAUUUAUUCGUUGGAUUUCUGUGGCACUUUUCCGCCAAAGAGUAUAGGGUAUAAUGUGGAUAAAUUUGCACAGGGGUUGCCUUAGAGUGUCAAAAGGAAAUUAAAGGAAAGGAGUGCUUGUAGGAGCAUAGAGCGUAAGAAAUAGCUAAUGGAAAAACCAAACCCUGGUUGGCAGCAAGGCAGGCCAAAGGAGGUAGAAGAAGCUGGGCUACCCCAGGGGUACCACUGUUGACUUUUCAGAACAUUGAAUCAUUUCCCCACAGCCUGUGUAUCUGGUGAGCACUCGAGAUUUCUGUUCAAUAUUAUUUGAAGACAAUCAUGUUCAUAGACUCAUAGGGUACGAAACAACCUUAAAAAAUAUUUGCCCAAUUCUCUUAAUUUACAGAUGAGGUACAUGGAACCCAGAAAGAACAAAGAAAUAAAUUAGAAGCAAAAUCAGGGUCAGAAACAAGAUCAUCCAUUUCUUUAAUAAACAUACAUUAAAUAUGUUGUGCUAAGCACUGUUCUAGGCACAAGGGUCACCUUAGUGAGUAACAUGAACAUGGAUUCUGACUACCAAUGUCCUGUCUUACACUGUUUUGUUCUACCUCCAGUUGCCUAUGAGGGUAUUCAACAUAGUUUGCAAUAUACUUUAUUAUUGAUUCUAGACCAAACUCUCUUGAGGGAACAGACUUCAAGUGACUUUGUUAAGAGAAGGUAGUUCUUUUCCAAGUGUCUGCAAGUGUGUUGAUAUUCUUUGAUUCUUUAGUGCUCAUAGGGAGCCUCUGUCACAUCAGCUGAAAAUCAUUUACUAUAUUGAGCCUAGUUUGUGUGCCACUGGAAGGGAGGCUUUCCUUGCCACCAUGAGCAGUUUAUUUUUGUCCUCUGGUAGGACUGGCAAGGGGCUAAAACAUUACCUCUCAUUGAAGGAAACCGUUGUCUCUUAGCAUUCACCUUAUCUUAAAAGUGCCUCACAUGAUCGUCCAAACUCUAAUCAGAUAAUGGAAGUACUUAGUUUUAGAAUCGAGUGUUAAAAUUCUUCAAAGGAGCAUAGUUUAAAAGCUGCUAUAAAUCUACCUUCCCAAAGGUGAUAUUUCAGUCAUCCACUGAACACUGGAUGGCACUACAAGAAAACCUGGGAUUAAAAAAAGAGUAGAUUACUCUUUUUAGUUUAACACUAGAUUUAAACCCCUGUCCAUCAUCCAGUACCUAUGUUGAAAAACGAUCCUGUAAAAGCUGCCUCAGUUCUUUUACAGGUAAAGCUAAUGACUUCUAGAACCACGAACCUUCACUCAGGCACUUGGGAGAACACUUCAUCCUGCUCACUUUGCCCUUAGUCCCAGGCCAGUCUCUAAAGGAAUAAAGUAUUUACCUUGUAAGUUGUGGGUAAAGCUGGCUGGUGGGCAGAGAAGUGAUAUUUCUUGGACCAAAUAGAGUUGGGGGAGGGAAAAAGGGAAGGAAACUUGUGUUUCCAGCCACCCUAACAGCCCUGAGAGUCCUCUUAGUCCUCUUGGAUAUGAGUGGGAUUGGGUUCCAGGGACACCUGUCUGUGCCUGCAGGGCCAGAUUCAUGGUGGCUCUGCCUCUCCCCUUGCCUGGCAGCUCUUUCCCCAUGCCUGGCAAUUCCUGUACUGGCUGAUUUACCUGCGAGGCUGUAUGUGGAUCUGUCUUUACGUGGCCACUGGCGCUAGCACGCACUGUCAAGAUAGAGGGAAGCCAAAGCGAGGAUUGCAACUGUCCAAGCCUAGAGCGGGAGGUGAGCUGCCUCCAGACUCGACUGCAGCUUCCCUUCCUCCUGACACACAUGGAGUUUGGUAGCGACGGUGCCUGUGCUGAAGAACCGCAGACAAAUACUUAGCCAACUGGAUGUGUGUGAGCUGGCUACAAAGGCAGCGCCUGCCUCACCCGGACCUCCUGCUGGCAGGAUGUAAAUAUACCUGCAGACUGGCCAAACAGGACUGCCUUUUCUCCCCAAGCCCUCCCUCCUCCCACCCUCUCCCUCAGCUAACCAGCAUGAGAGAAACUGAGAAAGCAACAGCCUGCAAGUGACAGCUCCAGCCUGAUUCCGUUCGUCUCUGAGCCGAGGUGGGAAGUUGAUUGUGCGGCAGCUUCAUUGUGAAUUCCUUCAUAGCAUCGCUAUGUUUGCCUCUAUCUGGUAUGCCAAGAAGCUGGGUCGCAGGUUCGUGCACAAUGCCAGGAAGGCGAAAUCAGAGAAGGCCAGUCCUGCUCCUAUAAUUGUCAACACAGAUACUUUGGACACAAUUCCUUAUGUCAAUGGGACAGAAAUCGAAUAUGAAUUUGAAGAAAUUACACUGGAGAGGGGGAAUUCUGGCCUGGGCUUCAGUAUUGCUGGGGGGACAGAUAAUCCCCACAUUGGAGAUGAUCCUGGCAUAUUUAUUACGAAGAUUAUACCAGGAGGUGCUGCAGCAGAGGAUGGCAGACUCAGGGUCAAUGAUUGUAUCUUGCGGGUGAAUGAGGUUGACGUGUCAGAGGUUUCCCACAGUAAGGCAGUGGAAGCCCUCAAGGAAGCGGGGUCUAUCGUUCGGCUGUAUGUACGUAGAAGACGACCUAUUUUGGAGACCGUUGUGGAAAUCAAACUGUUCAAAGGCCCUAAAGGUUUAGGCUUCAGUAUUGCAGGAGGUGUGGGGAACCAGCACAUUCCUGGAGACAACAGCAUUUAUGUAACUAAAAUUAUAGAUGGAGGAGCUGCACAAAAAGAUGGAAGGUUACAAGUAGGAGAUAGACUACUAAUGGUAAACAACUACAGUUUAGAAGAGGUAACACAUGAAGAGGCAGUAGCAAUAUUGAAGAACACAUCAGAGGUGGUUUAUUUAAAAGUUGGCAAACCCACUACCAUUUAUAUGACUGAUCCUUAUGGUCCACCUGAUAUUACUCACUCUUAUUCUCCACCAAUGGAAAACCAUCUACUCUCUGGCAACAAUGGCACUUUAGAAUAUAAAACCUCCCUGCCACCCAUCUCUCCAGGAAGGUACUCACCAAUUCCAAAGCACAUGCUUAUUGACGACGACUACACCAGGCCUCCGGAACCUGUUUACAGCACUGUGAACAAACUAUGUGAUAAGCCUGCUUCUCCCAGGCACUAUUCCCCUGUUGAGUGUGACAAAAGCUUCCUUCUCUCAGCUCCCUAUUCACACUACCACCUAGGCCUGCUCCCUGACUCUGAGAUGACCAGUCAUUCCCAACAUAGCACCGCAACUCGUCAGCCUUCAGUGACUCUCCAACGGGCCAUCUCCCUGGAAGGAGAACCCCGCAAGGUGGUCCUGCACAAAGGCUCCACUGGCCUGGGCUUCAACAUUGUAGGUGGGGAAGAUGGAGAAGGUAUUUUUGUAUCCUUCAUUCUGGCUGGUGGACCAGCAGACCUAAGUGGGGAGCUCCAGAGAGGAGACCAGAUCCUAUCGGUGAACGGCAUUGACCUCCGUGGUGCAUCCCAUGAACAGGCAGCUGCUGCACUAAAGGGGGCUGGACAGACAGUGACGAUUAUAGCACAAUAUCAACCUGAAGAUUACGCUCGAUUUGAGGCCAAAAUCCAUGAUCUACGAGAGCAGAUGAUGAACCACAGCAUGAGUUCCGGGUCCGGGUCCCUGCGAACCAAUCAGAAACGCUCCCUCUAUGUCAGAGCCAUGUUCGACUAUGAUAAGAGCAAGGACAGUGGGCUGCCAAGUCAAGGACUUAGUUUUAAAUACGGAGAUAUUCUCCAUGUUAUCAAUGCCUCUGACGAUGAGUGGUGGCAAGCCAGGAGAGUCAUGCUGGAGGGAGACAGCGAGGAGAUGGGGGUCAUCCCCAGCAAACGGAGGGUGGAAAGAAAGGAACGUGCCCGUUUGAAGACAGUGAAGUUUAAUGCCAAACCUGGAGUGAUUGAUUCGAAAGGGUCAUUCAAUGACAAGCGUAAAAAGAGCUUCAUCUUUUCACGAAAAUUCCCAUUCUACAAGAACAAGGAGCAGAGUGAGCAGGAAACCAGUGAUCCUGAACAACAUGUUUCUUCUAAUGCCAGCGAUAGCGAAAGUAGCUACCGAGGACAAGAAGACCUCAUUCUUUCCUAUGAGCCUGUUACAAGGCAGGAAAUAAACUACACCCGGCCAGUGAUUAUCCUGGGGCCCAUGAAGGAUCGGAUCAAUGACGACUUAAUAUCUGAAUUCCCUGAUAAAUUUGGCUCCUGUGUGCCUCAUACCACGAGGCCAAAGCGAGACUACGAGGUGGAUGGCAGAGACUAUCACUUUGUCAUUUCCAGAGAACAAAUGGAGAAAGAUAUCCAAGAGCACAAGUUUAUAGAAGCCGGCCAGUACAAUGACAAUUUAUAUGGAACCAGUGUGCAGUCUGUGAGAUUUGUAGCAGAAAGAGGCAAACACUGUAUACUUGAUGUAUCAGGAAAUGCUAUCAAGCGAUUACAAGUUGCCCAGCUCUAUCCCAUUGCCAUCUUCAUAAAGCCCAGGUCUCUGGAACCUCUUAUGGAAAUGAAUAAGCGUCUAACAGAGGAACAAGCCAAGAAAACCUAUGAUCGAGCAAUUAAGCUAGAACAAGAAUUUGGAGAAUAUUUUACAGCUAUUGUCCAAGGAGACACUUUAGAAGAUAUAUAUAACCAAUGCAAGAUUGUUAUUGAAGAGCAGUCUGGGCCUUUCAUCUGGAUUCCCUCAAAGGAAAAGUUAUAAAUUAGCUACUGCGCCUCUGACAGCGACAGAAGAACAUUUAGAAGAACAAAAUAUAUAUAACAUACUACUUGGAGGCUUUUAUGUUUUUGUUGCAUUUAUGUUUUUGCAGUCAAUGUGAAUUCUUAUGAAUGUACAACACAAACUGUAUGAAGCCAUGAAGGAAACAGAGGGGCCACAGGGUGGGACAGAAAAGACAUUGCAGUGUGAAGGAAGGCUUUGGUUUGCUCAAAGUGCCAGGUGUAGGGAUGAACCUCUGAUGGGCUUUCUGCCCAAGAGAUGAGAGCCUCCUCACCCCAGCGGAUGUCCAGAGCUGAUUUAGCUGCAGAGCUCUCUGUGUCUUUUGCUUUAAAGAGAAAUUGCCAGCACUCGAACCUCACCAACCUUCCCAUUACCCACAUCUGUAAUUGGUACACUUUGAAUUUUAUAACUAUGCACAUCUUUUGAUUUCUUAACAAGCAAAUGAAAGAAAGAAGGAAAAAAAGAAAGGAGUCCCUUUGGAGACGACAUAUCUCUCUGGGAAGGAUAAAUGUGUAGCUAUGUUGACUGGCAUCUGCAAAGAUAAGCAUUUCAUAAAAUUUGCAAGUGAAUGGAGCACUAACCUUACAGACAGGAGGGGAUUCCACCUGGGGUUAGCUUUAUGAUUGUCGAUUGCCUAUUUUGCCAUUUUUAAACUGAAAGAAGGCACUAAAGAUGAGAAUAAUUUAUACAGUAAAAAUAUAUUAAAUGUAUAGAAACAAAUUUCUAUAGGUUAAAAAGUUUUGUGAAAUAUUUUGUAAAGACUAAUAUUGAAAGACUAAAUGUAUGCAGCAUCAGCAGAUGAUCAAAUUCAAGAACUGAAAGUUGCACUCUCCCUUUUGUUGCCAAUGAUCCAUUAAGAGCAUCUGAGUUCCUUUCAAGUCUGACAAAGACUUCUUCCUCACUUACCUCCCUUCCACAUUAGUGAUACACUCUCAUGGAGCACAUACCUUAAUGAGUUGCCUUCAUGGAUAUUUUGGGAAGACGUUUGGUUUAUGCAUUUUUUUAAGCUGAUGGCUUUUCAGAGACAAACUUAUGGAAAUGAUCUAAAGGGAGUUUUUGCUUUUCUCUAGUUAAAUAGCCUGAGCCUGCCAUGCAAAUAGUUUAAUAACUUUGUUCCUAGCUGCUGACACGCAAUUCAUAAAGGACCAUUUAGCAUUUUGGCCAAUGAUGAGUAAUUAGGAUUAGUUUUUGUUUGUUUGUUUAACAGAGUAACUGAGAGUUUUGUAACAGCCAGAGAUGGUAUUAGAGCCAAUGGGAGAUCUGUUCCUAGAUGCACUAUUUCUUUGAGGAAGAGAGAGAAGAGAAGUGACUGGUUGGGGGUGAGGGGUGCAGACUGUUUUAUUUCUAUGUACAGAGCAAAGAGAUAGAGUCACAAGGAAAGACAAUUAAUGACUUUGAGCUCAACCAAUUGAACUGCCUUUCUUGGAGCUGCACUUGGACCAAGUUUAUUUUUUAACAAUUAUAAUAAUGAUGAUUUUAAAAAAAGAAACCUCCCAAAGCCUAUAAACUGAACUAGAAGAGUUAGUUUCCCACUUUAGAGCGGAUGGCGACAUCAGCAUUGCUUUUGUCCAUGGUGUUUAGAGAGAGACUUUUCAGUGAUAAUAACCACUCUACUCUGGGUUCUGUGCAUUCCCACACUAAGCCCCAUCGCCUUAUUUCUGGGGUACAUCCAGACCUGGCAGGGAUUCUGCCACACUGUGCAGCAAACCAGCAUGUAGGCUGGGUAGGAGAGCAAGAGAUAGAGCCAUCAGAGUGAUGGGGCUUCUUCCCAGUAAGAACAUCGGAGCUCAGAAUGAGAGUCUCUUUCCAAAAACAGGCAUUGUUCAUCUUACACUAAACAUCAUUGUCUGCCUGGCUGCAGUCACCAAAACAAACCCCAAAAUGCAAAAUCAUGCAUCUUCCUAUGGUCUUGAGGCUGUCUUUGCCAAUGGAAGGGCUAGCAAUGAAUUUUCCCUCUCAGGAAAGUUAAAUUUCCAGAGACUUCCUUAGAAUGCUCAAAAUGUUACAGAUAUGUCCAUGUCUGCAAUUCGCCAGUUUCAGGCCAAGGCCUACUUUCAUCAAUAUUGCUCCCAGAAGUUUUCUGCCACCAGAAUGCCAUUCCUGAUCCCAGCUCUAUUUUUAGGCCACCAUGAUAACUUCUUUGGUUUCUCAACUGAGCAUGCAACCAUUUAUUUAAAAGACUGUCAUUAAUGAGUAGAUGUUUUUGCGGGUCGUGUGAUGUGCUUUUCCAUUUACUAGUAUUGCUGUGGCUGAGUACAAUCAAAUUGAACCACCAAUCCUUGGUUUUGUAGUAAUAUAUUUAUUUUCCUAGUGUAGAUGCUUUCAGAUUAGAAUUGGCAUUUGCACUGAUUUUUUAUGUAGAUUUAUAUAAAUAUAUAGAUACAUAUAUAUUUGCUUGAAGAAUCACCAAGCAAAUUGGUGAGACGGUCUUUUCCUAUAGAAUUUACACCUCCAUUUGUUGUGUUGUCUUGCACUUCCCAAUGUUGAUGUCUCUAUGGCUCCAACGAACUGGUGUAUUUUGCAGCAAAUCUGAUGACAUGUAUGGAAAUGGCAUGAAAGUUACCCAGAUUACAUCUGGUGCAAAUGCAUCCGGAGCCUGGGGCCAGACUGGUGCUAACACUGCAAACUUUGUCCAGAGCUCUCUCCAACCUGAAGGCUUGCUGGGGGUGCCAUGUCACCUUCACACAUGCUGGGCCCUUUCAGAAAAGUGCCAGAUCGUGUCACUGGUGCUAUUUUUCAUGCUCUGGUACAAUGUGUAGCACCACGGGGGUCUCAGCUUUACCAAAAUCAAAAUUUCAUUUGUCGGCUAAUUGCAGAGGCAUUUCUUUUUUGCUCUCCUCCCACAGAAUUAUCGGCCAUCUAUUUGCAGGCCCUUUGCGGGAUUUCUUGGCUAUUUAUUUGCAGGCCUUUUCUCCCAGCCCCAGAUUCUUGGGUUGGCUCUGUCUGCUUAAAGAGCCUGUUUUUACAAAGCCGCACUCGGGUGCCUGUGUGCGCUGUCUCAUAUCCUACUGCCAGCCCUUCAGGACUCCGAGCCAGGAAAGAACUCUCCAGCCCCUGGCUCGAGACCCUAUUUGUUUUCUCAUUCUUUUCCUAACUCUCCUCCUUCUAUUUCUGACUCAUUCCAUCUCUCUCUUUUGUUUUCUUUGUUCCUCUGCUUUUCCUAUUCUUCCUCCCACCAUCUCUGAGUUGUUGACUUUCUCCUAUAAUCCUUCUCUAUUUCUUUUCCCUUUUUGUCCACCUCCCCUUUAGUCUCUAUUUCUUUGCCCUUCUUAUUUCUUUUUUCCCUUCCUUUCCUGUCCCUUCUCCUCUCCUCGCAUCUCUGAUCAUCUUCUCCCGCACAUCCCUGUAUUGAUUUCUCUGUCCUCUAAAGGGCUCAUGGCUUACUCAGACAGCAAGUCCAUGCACUGGACUAAUGACACAAAUACUUUGGGUCGCCGUUUCAUCUACUCAGCCCAGAAAGCAAAGCUGAGCAUGAGGCCCUGACCUGGAGCAUGCUCCAGCCCGCCUCCCAGAGCCAGCCUGCACCGUUGCCCUGGCAGCGAUGAUGCAUGUGCUGUGGGCCCUGCCGGCCCUGGGUGCCUCUGCCUGAACGCUGCUCCUAAGUGAGCCUACCCCCAGCACUACCGCAUGGCUCUGAGGACACUUCCUUUCAAUAAAGGCAGACUCUGGCCCCAAUUAUUCUGAUAGCAAACCUCUUCCUCCUCAUUGAAGCCAUGCCAUCACCUUGGUUUGGAGAGAGACAUUUUUUUCCCAUUCAUAAGCUUUCUUUUUCCCAUUUUCAUGUGAAGCCCCCUCUGCUUUUCAGCUGGUGGUUGCUCUGGUGAGACUGAAUGGACUUGCUGGUGAAAUGAAAUACCUUCUUUCCUGUCUUGGUCCUGCCUAAAUUCCUACAGAUAUAUUUAAGCCAAGGACUCAGGCUAGUUCCUAAGUUGAUCACAUUAAUUUGUCACUCCUAAGGGGAAAAAGAUCAACUCCCUUGAAGCAUGUGGAGUACCUCCUGUGACAGCUGACUUGCCAGGGGACUCCCUACAGAAUUCUGUGAUAGACAUUUUACUUCUGUGUAUGGAUGGUAUAUACAGUAUGUAUACCAUGUACACACAGGUUACAUUGAGUAUGAAUGACUGUGGAUGGAAACCCACACACACACUCCAGUCUGUAAAUAUCCUUCCUCACUGAAACCUGUGCUUUGGAAAUCAUUUCUUGUACAGCUGUGCAGUUUCUUGUAACAGCUGAGGACAAAGCUAAGACAGGAGGACAAUUUAGACAAAGAUUAUCUAAAGAGUACAGUAUCUCCCUAGCAACUCAUGAGGACAGACAACCAAGUGGCUAGGUUGACUUCCAAUGGGAUGGCAGACUUUUCUUCUCUCCUUUUUGAGUUUGUGUUUCCUAAGUGUUUCUUAACUUCUGAGUGCACCAGGCUGUACCCGUUAGAUCCUUUCAAUAUGACAGUUUUGUGCUUCUCUCUGACAGGAUGUUUCUCCAUCGAGCUGUAGUGCAGGAUGGGAGGGAGGCGGGAAUACUCCUUGCCUGGGCUGGAGUUUACAGAGACACUGCACAGCUUACACUCCUGUUAAGUGUAAAUAUUCAACACUUCCAUUCCAUUUGUGUAAAAAAUAAAGCACACACGAUUAUAAAAUCAAGAUGUAUAUUUCAUACUCAGUGUGUCCGUGCAUAUUUAUUGCGUUUCUAGUUGUCAGCAGUGGGUGGUCCCAUUGUAAAAAUGCCUGAGAGUGUGUUUAUAAACAUGUCAUGGUUUUAUUAUAAGAUAUAAAUAUUAAAACAUUUUAUACUUUA